CUUUGAGAGGGUCUUAUGUACAACAAGAAGAUGAAAGCAAAGGGUAAUACCAUGGUCACUGCUGCACCCAAAGAACUUUGCCUUCUCCUGUAUAUAUUGGUGUGCAAGGCCAACCUUGAGCAUAUCAAACUCCUACCGUCAAAGCAUACAACAGAGCCAGCCUUGAGCAUAUCAAACUCCCAUCACCAAAGCAUACAACACACAGACAACAUGAGCACAUCAACCCCAAGCAACAAGGAAUCCACAGCAAAUAAGACCAAGGCUUCGGCAGCGCUCCAAAGUGAUCUUGUGGAAUUAAUAAAUCAACAUUAUGAUUCAUGUUUCAAGAAUGUGACAGAAUUUGAUGACUUCUACCGAGCACUUCAUGAGAUUAUGGAAAAGCUUAGUGAGAGCAAAGGGGCAAUUCAACUCAAAUUGCCAUCAAGUGAUGCUUUAAAGUCUGCUUUCGAGAAGCACCACCCCAGAGAGAACAAAGCCUUGUUGAAGGAGGAGUUCAAAAACAUCAUCAAGGAUGUGAUUACAUUUGAGAGCUUCUCCAUGGGGAAAGGAGCACUUGAGACCAUCUUCUUCAUAUUUGGGGUUCCCAUAUGUACCUUCUUCCUCAAGAGGUUCAUCCCUGGAGGUGCAAGAGUGUCUGAUGACAUACUCAUCCCUGCUGUCACUUCAGGCACUGUCAUCCUCCUGGCUAAGACUAACAAGCUCUAAGUGCCCAACCAACACUAUGCCUUAUUAUUUUCAAUGAUUUAAGUACAAACAAUAAUGUUACAUGUCCUAAAUAAUAUUUUGUAUGUACUUAUCAUCAUCAUCAUCAAAAGUGUUAUAUUGAGACAAAAAAAUCAAGGUUAAUAUGGUGCCAA